AUGAUAAAUAGCCGUAAAGACUCCUUUGGUUCUGCAAAGAAGGUGGAAAAGGGCUUUGAUUUCUCUUCAAAAUUCGCGGUAUACUCUGAAACCCCCGACUCUAGCACAUACGACCGCAAUAAUGGACGCAAGAGUGAUUCGGACUCCAAUAAACGUAAAGUUGUAGAUAAUGAGGAGUUGUAUGCGAAAAGAAGCCAGCUUCUGCACCAACACUUUGGAUAUACCGAUGAAAGUAACCCUUUUGGGGACAAAAGGCUCGCUGAACCUUUUGUUUGGGAAAAGAAGGGCAAAGCUAAACAUUCUGUAGAAGAUGUAAGGUCUAAAGUGGAGGAAAUAAAGGAAGUAAAGCACAGGCGCGAACAGCAUGAGAUCCAAAAGUCCAUGCUAGAAGAGUAUAGACAGGAUUCUCACAGGGGGAAACAAGAGGAAGACUAUCAGGAAUGGGAGUCUAAGGAGAGAGAAUUUAAUUUGAAACAGAUUAUCGCAAAAUCCGCCAUCAGAGUUGCAGAUGGCCGUGAAAAACUCAUUGACAAGUUCGUCCUCUCAAUAAAUCCAAACAAUAUCUUCUUUACCUCUCCAGUGGAUGUGAAUGAUAUGUUUAGUAAGAUGGAUCUGCAGGAUGCCAAAGAUGCAAUGGAAAUUAUAGAAGCAAAUGUGGAAUUGUUGAAGGAUCAAACAUGGUUGGAGUAUUUUAAAGCACUAGAGACCAUUGUAAAGAACAAGUUUGAAUCCAGUUACGAGUCCUUUGGGAUUGCUCCAGCAGUUAGUGAGAAAAUUGAUCAAAUUCUCUCCAAAAAGAGUCUAGAAGAUCUGGAUGUAUAUGAAAGGGAAAUUAAAAAACGUCUAGCUGGUACAGGAAUUGUUGACACAAAUUUUUGGGAGGCUGCAUUAUCACGUAUACCAUUUUUCAGGGCCUGCAGAAUUGUUACACACGUUAUAUCCAGAUCAAAUCCGCAACCUACACACACAAGUGCCCCUAUUACACAUACCCCGCAGUCUAAAUCUAGUGAAUGUCCAUCGGAUUCUCUGAUUAAACCCACAAAAUCUGUAGACUAUGAAAAGUUUAUCAAAUUCACCAAACUGGAUGAAGAUGAAGAAGUUUUUGACUCGCGCGUAGAGUUGUCUGAUUCCUCUGAUGCAUCCUUAAUUACACCGAAAUACUAUAAUAGAAUCAUCAAAAAUUUCGAAUGGACAAAAUACAAUUUAGCCCAUUAUGAUACCGACAAUCCUCCCCCAAAACUUGUUCAGGGCUACAAAUUUAACAUUUUUUACCCAGAGUUAAAGGGGAAAAUCCCAAAAUGGAAGCUUCAGAAGGACGGAAAGGAGAACGAUACUGCACUCAUUAGAUUUAUUGCAGGGCAUCCUUACAAGGAUAUUGCCUUUAGGGUUAUCAACAAGGAGUGGAAUACGUAUCCUAACAAGGGCUUUAAAAACUUUUUUGAUAAUGGAAUACUGCACCUCUAUUUUAAUUUUAAAAAGGUAAAGUAUAGGAGAUGA